UCCCUACAUCCUGCUUUACUAGGUCAAGUCUCUCUCAGACCGGUACUUGCCCAUCACCGCUAAGUGGACCAGCUGGUGCCGCCGCGGAGCAGGAAUCUCUUCCAGCAAUUUAUCUGUUCUGGGACCUCUCAGAUCAUUUGUCAGGAAGAUGGCCUUGCUUGGGAAUCCUGCUCCGUACAGCAUCUUCUAAUUAUGGGACAGAGUUGUAACAGCAGGUCUGAAGCAGGAGAUCCAGGCUGACCGAGCCACUCAGGAACUACUGGGGACAAGCCCUGCCUUUGAAAAACUCCAGUCCAGCCCACCCGCCGGUAAGCAUGAUGCUACUUCUGCCAUUCCUGCUAGGGCUCUUUGGUCCAGGAAGCUACUUGUUCAUUUCAGGGGAUUGUCAGGAGGUGGCCACUGUCAUGGUGAAAUUCCAAGUGACAGAGGAAGUGCCGUCUGGCACAGUGAUAGGGAAACUGUCCCAAGAACCAAGAGUGGAGGAGAGGCGUGGGAAGGCAGGCGAUGCCUUCCAGAUUCUGCAGCUGCCUCAGGCACUGCCGUUUCAGAUGAACUCGGAGGACGGCCUGCUCAGCACCUCCAGCCGGCUGGAUCGGGAGAAGCUAUGUCGGCAGCAAGAUCCCUGUCUGGUGUCAUUUGAUGUGCUUGCCACCGGGGCGUCUGCUCUCAUUCAUGUGGAGAUUCAGGUGCUAGACAUCAAUGACCACCAGCCACAGUUUCCCAAAGAUGAGCAGGAGCUGGAAAUCUCUGAGAGUGCCUCUCUGCACACACGAAUCCCCUUGGACAGAGCUCUUGACCAAGACACGGGUCCUAACAGCUUAUAUUCCUACUCCCUGUCUCCCAGUGAACACUUUGCCCUGGAUGUUAUUGUGGGCCCUGAUGAGACCAAACAUGCAGAGCUUGUGGUGGUAAAGGAGUUGGACAGGGAAGUUCACUCAUAUUUUGAUCUGGUGCUGACCGCCUAUGACAAUGGGAAUCCCCCUAAGUCAGGAACCAGCGUGGUCAAGGUCAAUGUCCUGGAUUCCAAUGACAAUAGCCCAGUAUUUGCUGAGAGUUCACUAGCACUAGAAAUCCCAGAAGACACUGCCCCUGGUACUCUUCUCAUAAACCUGACUGCUACGGAUCCCGACCAAGGACCCAAUGGGGAGGUAGAGUUCUUCUUUGGCAAGCAUGUGUCCCCAGAGGUGAUGAACACCUUUGGCAUAGAUGCUAAGACAGGCCAGAUCAUUCUGCGCCAAGCCCUAGAUUACGAGAAGAACCCUGCCUAUGAGGUGGAUGUCCAGGCAAGGGAUUUGGGUCCCAAUUCCAUCCCAGGCCAUUGCAAAGUUCUCAUCAAAGUUCUGGAUGUCAAUGACAAUGCCCCAAGCAUCCUCAUCACAUGGGCCUCCCAGACGUCGCUGGUAUCCGAAGAUCUUCCCAGGGACAGCUUCAUUGCACUUGUCAGUGCAAAUGACUUGGACUCAGGAAACAACGGUCUAGUCCACUGUUGGCUGAAUCAAGAGCUGGGCCACUUCAGACUGAAAAGGACUAAUGGCAACACAUAUAUGCUGCUCACCAAUACCACGCUGGACAGAGAGCAGUGGCCCAUAUAUACUCUUACUGUGUUUGCCCAAGACCAAGGACCCCGGCCCUUAUCAGCUGAGAAGGAGCUCCAAAUUCAGGUCGGUGAUGUCAAUGAUAAUGCCCCUGUGUUUGAGAAGAGCCGGUAUGAGGUCUCCACUUGGGAAAACAACCCACCCUCUCUUCACCUCAUCACGCUCAAAGCGCACGAUGCUGACUUGGGCAGUAAUGGAAAAGUGUCAUACCGUAUCAAGGACUCCCCCAUUUCUCACUUAGUCAUUAUUGACUUUGAAACAGGAGAAGUCACUGCUCAGAGGUCACUGGACUAUGAGCAGAUGGCAGGCUUUGAGUUCCAGGUGAUAGCAGAGGACAGAGGGCAACCCCAGCUCGCAUCCAGCAUCUCGGUGUGGGUUAGCCUCUUGGAUGCCAAUGACAAUGCCCCAGAAGUGAUUCAGCCUGUGCUCAGUGAAGGCAAAGCCACCCUUUCCGUGCUUGUAAAUGCUUCCACGGGCCACCUUCUGUUGCCCAUUGAGAAUUCCAGUGGCAUGGAUCCAGCAAGUACUGGUACACCACCAAAGGCUACCCACAGCCCCUGGUCUUUCCUCUUGGUGACAAUUGUGGCAAGGGAUGCAGACUCGGGGGCCAAUGGGGAACUCUUCUACAGCAUUCAAAGUGGCAAUGAUGCUCAUCUCUUUGUCCUCAACCCUUCCUUGGGGCAGCUAUUCAUUAAUGUCACCAAUGCCAGCAGCCUCAUUGGGAGUCAGUGGGACCUGGGGAUAGUGGUAGAAGACCAGGGCAGCCCCUCCUUGCAGACCCAAGUUUCAUUGAAGGUCGUGUUUGUCACCAGUGUGGACCACCUAAGGGACUCUGCUCAUGAGCCUGGAGUUCUGAGCAUGCCAGCACUGGCUUUGAUCUGCCUGGCUGUACUGCUGGCCAUCUUUGGAUUGCUCUUGGCUCUGUUCGUGUCCAUCUGCAGGACAGAGAGAAAGGAUAACAGGGCCUACAACUGUCGCGAAGCUGAGUCGUCGUACCGCCACCAGCCCAAGAGGCCCCAGAAACAACACAUUCAGAAGGCAGAUAUCCACCUGGUGCCUGUGCUUAGGGCCCACGAAGAUGAGACUGAUGAAGUCAGGCCAUCUCACAAGGAUCCCAGUAAGGAGACACUGAUGGAGGCAGGCUGGGACUCCUGCCUGCAGGCCCCCUUCCACCUCACACCAACCCUAUACAGGACCCUGCGUAACCAAGGCAACCAGGGAGCACUGGCAGAGAGCCAGGAGGUACUGCAAGACACCUUCAACUUUCUCUUUAACCAUCCCAGACAGAGGAAUGCCUCCCGGGAGAACCUAAACCUUCCUGAGUCCCCACCUGCCCUACGCCAGCCACUUGUAAGGCCUCUGAAGGUGCCUGGCAGCCCCAUAGCGAGGGCGACUGGAGACCAAGGCAGUGAGGAGGCCCCACAGAGCCCACCAGCAUCCUCUGCAACCCUAAGACGACAGCGGAAUCUCAAUGGCAAAGUGUCUCCUAGAGAGUCCGGUCCUCAUCAGAUCCUGAGGAGCCUGGUUCGACUCUCUGUGGCCGCUUUUGCGGAACGGAACCCCUCCGUGGAGGAGCCUGCUGGGGACUCUCCUCCUGUCCAGCAAAUCUCCCAGCUGCUGUCCUUGCUGCAUCAGGGCCAAUUCCAGCCCAAACCAAACCACCGAGGAAAUAAAUACUCGGCCAAGCCCGGCAGCAGCAGGGGUACCAUCCCAGACACAGAUGGCCUUGUAGGCCUCAAGCCUGGUGGCCAAGCAGAACCUGACCUGGAAGAAGGGCCCCCGAGUCCGGAGGAGGACCUUUCUGUAAAGCGACUUCUAGAAGAAGAGCUGUCAAGCCUGUUGGACCCUAAUACAGGUCUAGCCCUGGACAAGCUGAGUCCCCCUGACCCAGCCUGGAUGGCAAGAUUGUCAUUGCCCCUCACUACCAAUUACCGAGACAACUUGUCUUCCCCUGAUGCUGCAGCGUCAGAGGAACCGAGAACCUUCCAGACAUUCGGCAAGACAGUCGGACCGGGACCGGAGCUGAGCCCAACAGGCACGCGCCUGGCCAGCACUUUCGUCUCGGAGAUGAGCUCUCUGCUGGAGAUGUUGUUGGGGCAGCACAUAGUACCAGUGGAAGCUGCGUCCGCGGCUUUGCGGAGGCUCUCGGUGUGCGGGAGGACCCUCAGUCUAGACCUAGCCACCAGCGGGGCCUCGGUUUCAGAAGCACAGAUGGGUAGAAAGAAGGCAGCUGAGAGCAGACUUGGCUGUGGCAGGAACCUAUGAACAUGUUUGGUUGGGAUGUGUCUGGAUCCAGGACCUGGGUGCCCUGAGAAAUGUUAGGGCACUCGGGUCUUGAGGAUCUCAGGGAAUAAGCUGGUUUUUAAAAUUUGUGGAAUUCAUUGGCCAGAGAUAUCCCUAACUUUAGGGCAACUGAUGCUAUGCUGUUCUUCACAGAGGAAGCAGGAGCCCAGGACUACCAAGCAACUGACUAGGGCAGACCUUGUAAUGGUCUGGGUGGCUGAGCUUUAUGGACAACAGGGACAGCUUGUUUCUCUCCUAGGAGUUUGCAGUAAAACACAUGCAGAGGUGGCCCUCAGGAGGAACAGAUACCACAGAGUGUAGUUAGUAUCCUAAACAGAGGGAUGGCCUCACUGGACACUGAAGGCCGAGGGUGGGUUCUUGGGGGAGCCAGGCAAUGCCUUCUGACCUACUAAUAAAGGGAAAACUGCAGCUCACUCUGUUUGCAUGCCACACAAGGGAGGACAGAAUCCCAGAGUGAGGGCUGGUUGUCAUCGAAUUCCUGGCAUGAAACUCUUGUUGGGUCAUGACAGGUGUGGGUCACACUGGUUCACAGUGACAGGUACGCAGACUAUGGACAUGUGUGUCCUUGACCCCAUUCCACUAUGCUAUCCAACAGUAUGUGUCUCAGCUAGAAAAUCAGGAUGUUAGGAAAGCAAGACUGUAAAUAGAAUAUUUAUAUGAGCCAGGCACUAGGCUUUAAUUUGAUUCCCCAACCCCCACCCCAGCCCUUCCCAGUGCUAGGUCGGUCGUAUUUGCAUACCCAUUUCACAGGAAUGAAGCUUGAGAACAUUGAGGGUCUUCCCCAAGGUUGAGCAGGGAGUAGAGGCAGACUCAAGAUUUGUGUUCAGGCUGGCCAAAUGCCAAAGCUCACGCCAUCAUCCAUGGCACUGGAUUGCAAACAAAGGAACGGAAAAGGAAAAGUCCCUGAGAUGAAAACUUGCAGAUAGAAGGCACUCGGUUCCGAAUUAGUUCACUCUUACAAGCACAGGGUAAAAGGAGCUCGCAUUCGCCCAGUCCUAGUUCCUUCCUUUUCCAGGGAGCAGCCCUUCUUACCUGACACCCCAUCUGGGGAAGUCUUUCUCUAUCUGCAGGCUUGGAUCUGUGAAUUGAGGCCCCAGAGGAUGGUGUGUGAACUAGAACUAGAAAAUCCAUACUGACAGCAGCCAGCUUUUCAGGGGUGGGAAGAGUGAAGAAAGAGCUAAUAUUUUCCCAAGGCUCUUUUGUCCUUGGAAAUUUCCAAGCAGCCACAGCUGGCUUAGGAUAGUAUGAGAUGGGGUGGGGUGGGGGCUCUCCUGGACACCAGAGGCAGAAGAUAUUGUCUGCCUCACUUGUCAUCUUCGGGAGCUCAGGGCUCUUGACUCUCAUCCGUAGACAGGCCAGCCGUGGUCCCACCUCGGGCUGGUGACAGUCAUACACAUUGGAAUGCAGUGAUGUUAUUCCAACUUACAGAUGAGGAGUAUGAGACCUGGAGAAAUUAAGCAUUUCAGAGGCAAGGUCUCGGUCUCUGUCACCUCAUUCCGGUCAGAGUCAUCGUAUAAGACCUGUGAUUGUCAAGCUGGUUCACAGAGCUGUUGGGUUCCAGGCCACUGAGAGAGGCCAUGAGAACCAAGCAAGCAGGAGCUCUAUCUUACCUAGCCAGGUGCCUGGCACAGAUGACACUUGAAAUACCUGUUGAGUAGAUACAUGAUUGAAUAAAUGGG